AUGGCAGCCAACGCUUCGGUCGCGUUUGACCUCCCUCCACUCCCAAGUUACACACUCACAGAGCGACAACCGGUCUUUCCGCCCAUUCCCGAUAACGUUGUCGCCCUCCUUCUACCGAUUGUCGCCUAUUGGGUAUUGUCGGGCAUCUACCACUAUCUCGAUGUCAAUAACUACUUCGAACAAUAUCGUCUACACACCCCUGCCGAGUUAUCGAAGAGGAACCGAGUCAGCCGCUGGGAGGUUGUCCGCGAUAUGACCGGCUUGGACGACUACAAUGUGGCGACCUGGGCUCAACGCGUUCGCAUCGCUCAGCGAGCAAUUCCGACCGUCUUGACGAUCCUUGGUGUCGACGCCACUGGCCUGGCCAAGUCGGUCUCGCAAAACGGUCACUCCAUCUUGGCAGGGGCCCUAGCAGGAGGUUCUUAUCCCAGCAUGGUGCAGUCAAUGAUCUUGGAUAACGGAGCCGAAGUCACUGCCCCCGCCUUUGCUGGCUGGGAGUUGACUCUGGCCUCAUUCAUCUACUGGUACUUCGUUCCGAGUCUGCAAUUCCUCAUCGCUAUCUCCAUCGUCGAUACCUGGCAAUACUUCCUCCAUCGUGCUAUGCACCUCAACCGCUGGCUCUAUGUAACCUUCCAUUCCCGUCAUCACCGUCUGUACGUCCCUUACGCCUUCGGCGCCUUAUACAACCACCCUGUGGAGGGCUUCCUCCUAGAUACCGCCGGCACGGGCAUCGCCUUCCUAGUCACCGGAAUGACGAACCGCCAGGCAAUGUGGUUCUUCACCUGCUCGACCAUCAAAACCGUUGACGAUCACUGCGGCUACGCCUUCCCCUGGGAUCCCCUACAGCAUUUUACCUCCAACAACGCUGCCUACCACGAUAUUCAUCACCAAAGCUGGGGUAUCAAGACCAAUUUCUCUCAGCCCUUCUUCAUUUUCUGGGACCGGCUGCUGAACACCCAAUGGACGGGCGAAGUGAAGUUACGUUACGAGCGGGCCCGGGACAAUGCACAGAAGCAGGUGGAUAUGGAGACAGCUCAGGCGACGGAAGCUGCCGCCAAUGCAGUGACAACACCCACCAUCGAGCCUCAGCCCGCGGUGGUCUCCUCCGAAGGACCAGCCACACGCACUCGUUUGCGCCGCAAAACCGUCGAUAGUCUCAAGGGCCCAAGCCAUGGUGUUCCUGGCAGUGUUCUGCACAACUAA